UAGCCACAAUGAGCUUCCCCGUGCACUCCAUGUUCUUCACGCUGAAGGUGAGUGUCCUGCUGGGGUCCCUGCUGGGGCUCUGCCUGGGCCUCGAGUUCAUGGGCCUCCCCAACCAGUGGGCCCGCUACCUCCGCUGGGAUGCCAGCACGCGCAGUGACCUGAGUUUCCAGUUCAAGACCAAUGUCUCCACGGGCCUGCUCCUCUACCUGGACGAUGGUGGUGUCUGCGACUUCCUGUGCCUCUCCCUGGUGGAUGGCCGCAUGCAGCUCCGCCUCAGCAUGGACUGCGCUGAGGCCACCGUGCUGUCCAACAAACAGGUGGAUGACAGCAGCUGGCACUUCCUCAUGGUGAGCCGUGACCAGCUACGUACGGUGCUGGUGUUGGAUGGUGAGGGUCAGGCUGGGGAGCUGCAGCCCCAGCGGCCCUACAUGGAUGUGGUCAGUGACUUGUUCCUGGGCGGAGUCCCUGCAGACAUCCGGCCUUCUGCCCUGACCCUCGAGGGAGUCCAGGCCAUGCCCGGCUUCAAGGGAUUAAUCCUAGAUCUCAAGUAUGGCAACUCAGAGCCUCGGCUUCUGGGAAGCCAGGGUGUCCAGUUGGAUGCUGAGGGAGCCUGUGGUGAGCGUCCCUGCGAAAAUGGUGGGAUCUGCUUUCUCCUGGAUGGCCACCCCACCUGUGACUGUUCGACCACUGGCUAUGGUGGCAAGCUCUGCUCAGAAGAUGUCAGUCAAGGUCCAGGCCUUUCCCACCUCAUGAUGAGUGAACAAGGUAGAAGUAAAGCGCGAGAGGAGAAUGUGGCUACUUUCCGAGGCUCAGAGUACCUGUGCUACGACCUGUCCCAGAACCCAAUCCAGAGCAGCAGUGAUGAAAUCACCCUCUCCUUUAAGACCUGGCAGCGGAACGGGCUCAUCCUGCACACGGGCAAGUCGGCUGACUAUGUCAACCUGGCUCUGAAGGAUGGCGCGGUCUCCUUGGUCAUUAACCUGGGGUCCGGAGCCUUUGAGGCCAUCGUGGAGCCAGUGAAUGGAAAAUUCAACGACAACGCCUGGCAUGAUGUCAAAGUGACACGCAACCUCCGGCAGGUGACAAUCUCUGUGGAUGGCAUCCUUACGACGACGGGCUACACUCAAGAGGACUACACCAUGCUGGGCUCAGAUGACUUCUUCUACGUGGGCGGGAGCCCAAGUACUGCUGACUUGCCAGGCUCACCCGUCAGCAACAACUUCAUGGGCUGCCUUAAAGAGGUUGUUUAUAAGAAUAAUGACAUCCGUCUGGAGCUGUCUCGCCUGGCCCGGAUUGGGGAUACCAAGAUGAAAAUCUAUGGCGAAGUUGUAUUCAAGUGUGAGAAUGUGGCCACACUGGACCCCAUCAACUUUGAGACCCCAGAGGCUUAUAUCAGCUUGCCCAAGUGGAACACCAAACGCAUGGGUUCCAUCUCCUUCGACUUCCGCACCACCGAGCCCAACGGUCUGAUCCUCUUCACUCAUGGCAAGCCCCAAGAGAGGAAGGAUGCUCGGAGCCAGAAGAACACCAAGGUGGACUUCUUUGCCGUGGAACUCCUUGACGGCAACCUGUACUUGCUGCUUGACAUGGGCUCUGGCACCAUCAAAGUGAAAGCCACUCAGAAGAAAGCCAACGAUGGGGAAUGGUACCACGUGGACAUUCAACGAGAUGGCCGAUCAGGUACCAUAUCAGUGAACAGCAGGCGCACGCCUUUCACGGCCAGCGGAGAGAGCGAGAUCCUGGACCUGGAAGGGGACAUGUAUCUGGGCGGGCUGCCGGAGAACCGUGCGGGCCUCAUUCUCCCCACCGAGCUCUGGACCGCCAUGCUCAACUACGGCUACGUGGGCUGCAUCCGCGACCUGUUCAUCGACGGGCGCAGCAAGAACAUCCGACAGCUGGCGGAGAUGCAGAACGCCGCGGGCGUCAAGUCCUCCUGUUCACGGAUGAGCGCCAAGCAGUGUGACAGCUACCCCUGCAAGAACAACGCUGUGUGCAAGGACGGCUGGAACCGCUUCAUCUGCGACUGCACGGGUACCGGCUACUGGGGAAGAACCUGCGAAAGGGAGGCAUCCAUCUUGAGCUACGAUGGCAGCAUGUACAUGAAAGUCAUCAUGCCCAUGGUCAUGCACACCGAGGCAGAGGACGUGUCCUUCCGCUUCAUGUCCCAGCGAGCUUAUGGGCUGCUGGUGGCUACCACCUCCAGGGACUCGGCUGACACUCUGCGUUUGGAGCUGGAUGGGGGACGAGUCAAGCUGAUGGUUAACUUAGACUGUAUCAGGAUAAACUGUAACUCCAGCAAAGGACCUGAGACCCUGUACGCGGGGCAGAAGCUCAACGACAACGAAUGGCACACCGUUCGGGUGGUGCGCAGAGGAAAAAGCCUUAAGUUAACGGUGGACGAUGAUGUGGCUGAGGGUACGAUGGUGGGAGACCAUACCCGCUUGGAAUUCCACAAUAUUGAAACUGGUAUCAUGACUGAGAAACGCUACAUCUCCGUUGUCCCCUCCAGUUUCAUUGGCCACUUGCAGAGCCUCAUGUUUAAUGGCUUACUCUACAUUGACUUGUGCAAAAAUGGCGACAUUGACUACUGUGAACUGAAGGCUCGUUUUGGACUGAGGAACAUCAUUGCCGAUCCUGUCACCUUCAAGACCAAGAGCAGCUACCUGAGCCUGGCUACCCUCCAGGCUUACACCUCCAUGCACCUCUUCUUCCAGUUCAAGACCACCUCAGCUGAUGGUUUCAUUCUCUUCAAUAGUGGUGAUGGCAAUGAUUUCAUUGCAGUUGAGCUAGUCAAAGGGUACAUCCACUACGUGUUUGACCUCGGAAAUGGUCCCAAUGUGAUCAAAGGCAACAGUGACCGCCCCCUGAAUGACAACCAGUGGCACAAUGUCGUCAUCACCCGGGACAAUAGUAACACUCACAGCCUGAAAGUGGACACCAAGGUCGUCACUCAGGUUAUCAAUGGUGCCAAAAAUCUGGAUUUGAAAGGUGACCUCUACAUGGCCGGUCUGGCCCAAGGCAUGUAUAGCAACCUCCCCAAGCUCGUGGCUUCCAGGGAUGGCUUUCAGGGAUGUCUGGCUUCAGUGGACUUGAACGGGCGCCUGCCAGACCUCAUCAAUGAUGCCCUCCAUCGCAGUGGACAGAUUGAGCGUGGCUGUGAAGGACCAAGUACCACCUGCCAGGAAGAUUCGUGUGCCAACCAGGGGGUCUGCAUGCAGCAGUGGGAAGGCUUCACCUGUGACUGUUCCAUGACCUCAUAUUCUGGGAACCAGUGCAAUGAUCCUGGCGCUACGUACAUCUUUGGGAAGAGUGGAGGCCUCAUCCUCUACACCUGGCCAGCCAACGACAGGCCCAGCACACGCUCUGACCGCCUGGCCGUGGGCUUCAGCACCACUGUGAAGGAUGGUAUCUUGGUUCGCAUUGACAGUGCCCCGGGCCUCGGUGACUUCCUCCAGCUUCACAUAGAACAGGGGAAAAUUGGAGUUGUCUUCAAUAUUGGCACAGUUGAUAUCUCCAUCAAAGAGGAAAGAACCCCUGUAAAUGACGGUAAAUACCACGUGGUGCGCUUCACCAGAAACGGCGGCAACGCCACCCUCCAGGUGGACAACUGGCCUGUGAAUGAGCAUUAUCCCACAGGCAACACUGAUAAUGAACGCUUCCAAAUGGUAAAACAGAAAAUCCCCUUCAAAUAUAACCGGCCCGUAGAGGAGUGGCUGCAGGAAAAAGGCCGGCAGUUAACCAUCUUCAACACCCAGGCGCAAAUAGCCAUCGGAGGAAAGGACAAAGGACGCCUCUUCCAAGGCCAGCUCUCUGGGCUCUAUUAUGAUGGUUUGAAAGUACUGAACAUGGCGGCUGAGAACAACCCCAAUAUUAAAAUCAAUGGAAGUGUCCGGCUGGUGGGAGAAGUCCCAUCAAUCCUGGGAACAACGCAGACAACCGCCAUGCCACCAGAAAUGUCUACUACUGUCAUGGAAACCACCACGACAAUGGCUACUACCACCACCCGCAAGAAUCGCUCGACAGCCAGCAUUCAGCCAACAUCAGAUGACCUUGUAUCAUCUGCUGAAUGUUCAAGCGAUGAUGAAGACUUUGUUGAAUGUGAGCCGAGUACAGGUAGGUUAGAUAAGAGUCUUUCCACUUCAAUCUUCGAAGGUGGCUACAAAGCACAUGCGCCCAAGUGGGAAUCCAAGGACUUUAGACCUAACAAAGUCUCCGAAACUAGUAGGACUACUACCACAUCUUUGUCCCCUGAGCUGAUCCGCUUCACAGCUUCCUCCUCGUCUGGGAUGGUGCCCAAAUUGCCAGCUGGCAAAAUGAAUAACCGUGAUCUCAAACCCCAGCCUGAUCUAGUCUUGCUUCCGUUGCCCACUGCCUAUGAGCUAGACAGCACCAAACUGAAGAGCCCACUAAUUACUUCCCCCAUGUUCCGUAAUGUGCCCACAGCAAACCCCACGGAGCCGGGAGUCAGACGGGUCCCGGGGGCCUCAGAGGUGAUCCGGGAGUCGAGCAGUACAACAGGGAUGGUCGUCGGCAUUGUGGCUGCUGCCGCCCUCUGCAUCUUGAUUCUCCUGUACGCCAUGUACAAGUACAGGAACAGGGACGAGGGGUCCUAUCAAGUGGACGAGACGCGGAACUACAUCAGCAACUCGGCCCAGAGCAACGGCACGCUCCUUAAGGAGAAGCAGCAGAGCUCGAAGAGCGGCCACAAGAAACAGAAAAACAAGGACAAAGAGUAUUACGUGUAACACAUGACACCACUCACAAUACCUGAAUUUAAAACAGAAUUAUUUCUAUAUCACUAUAUAAAUACUUGCGAAAUGAGAUUUACCAGAUGUCAGAACUGUCCUAACUGUGAGAUGGGGUAGACCAUGACGAUGGUGGGGAAAACCAUUUUUUAAAGGAUACACAUCAUGAUGUACCUACAUUUCAAGUUCAGCCAUGGCUGCUUUGAUUCAGUCAUCGCCGGGAGACAGAACAUCUGUUCUGCCCUGCUGUAUCAUAAAGCACACACCUUGCGCUCUGGAGCAAGCCGAUGGCUCCCCACUUUCGCGGACUUGGGAGCACCCUUCUCUUGAGGACCUUUCACCCAAGGUAGAAGACUUCAUGGCUUACUUGUUCCAUAACUCCAAGUGAGUCUGUAACAAUGUUUGUGAAGCUUGACUGUAACAAUGGUUUCUUUUUUGUUUGUUUGUUUAAUUAUGUAAAAAACAAAAACAAAAACAAAAACAAAAAAAAAGAAAAGAAAAAUGUUAAAAACAACAACAAAAAAAAACACCCAAACACCCUUGUCUGGUUCUGGCCAGUACUUGUAACUUUUCAAGAUCUGAGGGGAAAAAAAAAGGCUUUUGGGUUUUUGUUUAUUUUUUGAGAAUGACUGGACAUAAGUUCAAGAAGAAGAA